GUCAAUUUCUAUCAUUAAAGAAUAAACUAAAAAAUGGAAACUUCAAUAAUAAUAGCAACUGCACUGAUUCCUUCUAUGCAGGUCACUAUGAGUAUGACUGGCACUCUAGAGAAGGGAGUUGUUCACCAGGCCCUUGACCUAUCUGAGGAGGUCCCACCAAAUCACCACCAGGAGGUUCAUCUCCAGCACAGCAGCACCCCAGACUCCACAUCUGCAGCUGGGACUCCUAUCAACGGCUCUGGGGUGGUGGUGCCUCCUCCAUAUUCUGCACCAAUGGCUGGAGGUGGUGAGGUUCCUCUUGAGCUGAGAGGCUCUCUGGACUGUUGGGCAUGUUCAGUACUCGUAACAGCCCAGAACCUGGUGAUAGCCACUAUUAACCUGUGCCUGGUUGCUCUGGUGUUCGGCCUGAUCCUCACUCCUGUCAUAGUUAUGGUGGUAUUUGGAUUUCUGUGCCACUCCACUGUGCAUCCAGGUGGUACAUCACCCUACUGUUCAGACCUGCUGAGUGACGGAGGCUGUGUGGCUUUGUUAAUCGUGGGCUUCCUGCUCAUCACCCCACUGCUUGUUCUGGCAUUGGCUGCCUACUGCAGACUGGCUCGUCACCUGCAGCUCAGCCUCUGUUUCAUCCCUUACAGUCGCGCUGUCUACAAAAACCUGCCUGCCACAUACCACCACGGCCUGGGAGGACGCUGCUGUGGACAAGACGCAGGUCAAGACAGAAAGAAGGGAAAAGCUUGGGUAUGACAGUGGAACUCAAUGAUGGGUCUCAGCGAAUUUUCC